AUGACUACCCCAUCAGCACCUGACCACACCACAGUGCCUUCCUAUAACCAGAGCACCAUCACCAAAGAUGGACGAAACGCCAGCAUCUCACAGCUGGUGGAGUGGAUGGAGCAGAAGCUGAGACUACCCAACAAAGCCAGGCGGUUUGUGGUCGAGUCUAUUUGUCCAGGCCCAUCUGUUCAAGCGUGUGUUGACCCCAAGUGCACGACCCAGCUCAGCUCCAACCUGACGACCCGGGUCCGCUCCCUGCUCACCCCACCCCAGAUGUUCCUCACGGACCAGCAGCACGAGCUCAUCCUCUCCCUGGGGGCGGGGAUCCCAGAGAGUGACCUCGUCCUGAUUACGGCAGCCUCGCCUGACCACUACGACGAGCUGCAGGCUCUGCUGCACAAUCUGCACGAGUUCGUCUACCCGGCCUUGACCGACUUCACCAUGGUCGUGUGGGACCUCGGGCUCACAACCCAACAGAGGGAAAAUCUGGAGAAAUGCUGUCGAUGUCACCUGGCCAGAUUUCCGUUUGAAAAAUUUCCCGCCACUUUUCGUGACGUCAGAUGUUACAUGUGGAAGCCGGUGGUUCACAAGGCAUCACUGUAUUACCUGUAUCUUGCAUGCAUCAAUGUAUUACCUGUAUCUUGCAGGCAUCACUGUAUUACCUGUAUCUUGCAGGCAUCACUGUAUUACCUUAUCUUGCAGGCAUCACUGUAUUACCUAUAUCUUGAAGGCAUCACUGUAUUACCUGUAUCUUGCAGGCAUUACUGUAUUACCUGUAUCUUGAAGGCAUCACUGUAUUACCUAUAUCUUGAAGGCAUCACUGCAUCACUCUACCGAGCUAGGAAGUACCUGAUAUGGCAGGACGCCUCCAUCCGGUACAAGAAAGGAGGUCACGAGUUCUUCUCACAAGCUGAGGCUCUGGGGCUACAGAUCAUGAGGAAAGACUGGGGGGAGCCUGUGGCCCAUCAAACCCUCCCAGAGAUGUUUGCGUACAUGGGCCAGCCCCAUUGCGCCUUCAACCAGUUCCCAGAGAUCAUGUCGGGUGUGGGUGUGUACAAGAAUGAGCCGUUCAUCCACAGGGCCAUCGUGGAGCCAUGGGCCAGGUGCGGCAUGGAAAAAAACUGCAUGUGUCCAAGAGAUUCCCACCGGUCACACUACUGCCCAAAAACGGCCACAAACUACGGCCAUUGUCACAGAUUUGACCAAUCAGCGCUCUCGAUACUGACGGGGACACUCUACAACAAGGAAGUGUAUCGCGUAGUCAUCCAGAACUGGAACAAAUAUUUCAGUGUACAGAGGAACCACGUAGAACCCAACUACUUCAACAGUACGGGAUGUCUGUCUAACUGAUGAAAGACAAUGAACCCAACUACUUCAAUGGUACAGGAUGUCUGUCUAGCUAAUGAAAGACAACAUCUAAUGAAAGACAUUGAACCCAACUACUUCAACAGUACAGGAUUUCUGUCUAACUAUGAAAUUAAGACAAUGAACACUGCUUCAACAGUAAAGGAUGUCUCUAACUGGCCAAAGACAAUGAACCCAACUAGUUGAUCAGCCCUGUGUCUCUCUCCAACUGAUACAAUAACAGCCAUCGAGCUACUAAAUCAUAGCCAAGGGUCUGAAUCUAACUAAAAGCAUACCAGCCACCCAACUGCUAGAACAUCGCCAAGUGUAUGUGUCACAAUGAAGAAUACCCGACAUCCAAUUGGCAAAUAAGUUUUUGUAUAACCAACAAACCCAAGAAUCGAACUCGAGACUUUCGGGUAAGCAGUCAUAUGCUCUACCAUCCGACCACACCGUCCCAUGUACAGAAAACACGGACAAUA